CAGCAGCAGCAGCAGCAGCAGCUUCAUCACCGCUGACCGACACCGACCUCCUGCUCGUCUCCAGGCCGCAGCGUGGACGCCGGAGCCCGGCCUGAUUCCUCUCAACCACCGCAGGUCCGGGUUCGAGCUGCGAAACGCACUACAGGUGAUGAUAACAACGACAGUGACGAAGAGGCUGAUGAAGGCGAUGGCGUGCAGUUAGGAGCUGCGGAGCGGCAACGAAGCGCAAACUGAAUCCGUGCGCGGAGCGGGAGCAUCGCGCUCCGAUGCAGCAGAAAAAUCGCCAUUGUUUGGAUGCGCAGCAGACUGAGAGGACAAACCCGGAGCACAGAGACGCUGUUUGACACGGAGACACCAUGCUACUUUCCCCGCUGCUUCUGACGCUGGGGCUGCUCUGCUUUACCCCGAGCGUGUCGGCGUUCCAGUUGUCGGUAAACGAUGACGGACUGAUUGUGGUGGCGCUCGAGAGUUCGGACCUGCAGGAGAACGCCACAGCGUACGCCGCUCAGAUCUCCGGAGAGCCUCGACCGAUCCUGGUUCAGUUUGUGAACACCAGUGAGCCUCUGCUGUUCAACACGUCAUAUCAUGGUCUCUGCUACACUGUGGGGCUACUGGUUAAACUGGGACAGAGCUGGUCCAGACCUGUCAAGACUGUGUCUGUGCUCACACAGCCACUUCCUGUCCGCAGUGUCCACAUAUUGGACUAUAAGGAGUCUCCAGAGACAGGCGUGGUGUUUGAAAUCGAGCCCCCGGCCGGAAACAUCUUCAGCAGAGUCAACAUCAGCUACACAGAGGGACAGGAGCGACGGUCGAUGCUCUAUAAAGAUUUCUACAAAGGGAAGACGGUGUUCAAACACUGGUUACCAGGCAUGUGUUACCGUAACAUCACCUUCCAGCUGAUCUCCGAGGCCACAGUGUACCAGACUGCUCUGGUGACACAGAGUGACAUCACACACACACCUGUGCACCACAGGACAGUGCCCUACCCGCCCCUCAACAUUUCCCAUAAGAUCGUCCACCUGAGCCAGAGGGAGCUGCCAGGUGGAGCCCCUGACACGCUCCCUCCUGAGGGGAGCGAGGAGAGCCGGCGAGCCUCCCGUCGAGCCAGGGACGUCCCUCUGAUGGAGGAGCAGGAGGAGGAGGAGGAGGAGGUGCACACUGAGGAGGAGAACACUGAGGAGGAGGUGGUGGGAGCUGUCACUCGGGCUCCCUUCGGCCCAGCACACAACAUGACAGGCACCAACGCUGUGAACCAGACGACAGAGACUCGGAGCUACUGGCUGGACCCGACUGAUGCAGCUCCUUCAGAUCGGGAGGAGGAGUUCGUUAACGCUGUGGUAUCGGAGUAUGAAGACUCCAAUGAGCCCGGCUCAGCUAUGGGUCUCCCCGCUGAGGCCGCCAUCCUGCCCACCAAACUGCCCCCCAUCCUGCUGGAGCUGCGCUGGCUGCCGCCCAGACCCCCGACCAGCUACGAUGGCUUCAACAUCUACAUCUACAGAGACGGUAACUCCACAGAAACGGCCACCGUGGAUGAAAACACUCACGAGUUCUUCACCGAGUUAACGGAGCCAGGAACGUACCGAGUCCAGGUCACCACUCUCAGCUCGUCUGGAGACUGUGAGGCCCGAGAGAGCACCACCGACACCGGCUUCACCUUCUACCUCAGUCCUGGUGGUGAGCUGCUGGAGGAGCUCCGCGAGCGUCCUCAGGCCGUCAGCGUCAGACUGCUGGACUCCAGCACCGCCGCCGUCUCCUGGGCUCCGUCCUCUGAGAACCACAACGGCAGCCUGGUGUCAGUGGUUUCCACCACCUGCCUCAGACCGAGUCUCAGCCAGAGGAUGGAGAACACGUACUGCAGCGAGGAAAACACCACGAGUGACAUCAUCACUAACCUGACGCCUGGGGCUCAGUACAGAGUGGUUGUCUAUCACACCAACGGACCCCUGAUGAGUCCUCCGUCUGAACCCGUCAUCAUUGAUAUAGAGCCCACAGGUGUGCUGGAGCUGGCUGUUUACCCUCUGAGUCCGACGGCAGUGAUCCUAAGCUGGCAGCGUCCGUACCACGUCGCCUUCAGGAAGUAUGUCCUGCAGACCUUCUUCUUCAACCCCGUCACGCUGGCAUCAGAGUGGACCACCUACUACGAGAUCGCCGCCACCGCCUCCGUCAUCGCCUCCGUGAGAGUGACGGAUCUGCUGCCGGCCUGGUAUUAUAAUUUCCGUGUUUCCAUGGUGACGUGGGGCGACCCGCCGCUCAGCUGCUGCGACAGCUCAACUGUCAGCUUCGUAACAGCUCCUGAGGCUCCUCACAUCUCCUCGGUGGAUUACUCUCAUGGCGUCCUGUAUGUUCGCUGGACGUACGGCGAGCUCUUCAUUGACCUCUCACAUUCCAGGAUGCUUCACUGGCAGGUGGUCGCCGUCGGCAAGAAAGGACCAGAGAGGAGCUACUCCAUCGACGUGACUCGUAACGUGAUGCGUGCCAGCCUCCCUCUGCCUCCAGGGGACAUCUACAACCUGACAGUGACGGCCUGCACUGAACGCAGCAGGAACACCUCCAUGCCAAACAUCAUCAAACUAGAGCCGGCUGCUCCCAGGGCUCUUUACGCUGUAAACGCCACCCACUCAGCUGUGACUCUGCUGUGGACUGAGGAAGGAGUGGUUGACUACUACCAGGUCCUCUGUAAACCCAACAAAGCCAGCAAGGAGCUCAAGGCCCGCGAGCCUCAGACAGCCAACUCUCACGUGGUGACCGUGUCCGGUUUGAUGCCCUCAUCCACCUACAACUGCACUGUCACCAGUUUCAGCUACAGCACACCCAGCAAGCCCGCACAUAUCACCAUCAGCACUGCGGCUAAAGAGAUGAACCCGAGCGUAGCAGCGAUCUCGGCUCUGGCCGUCCUCAGCAUCCUCCUCAUCAGCCUGCUGGUUCUGUUCCUGCUGGUUCUUCGUAAGAAACACCUGCAGAUGACCAGAGAGUGUGGUGCAGAGACUUUCGUCAACUUCGCCUCAUUUGAAAGAGAUGGAAAGCUUCCCUAUAACUGGCGAAGAAGCCUCUUUGCCUUCCUUACCCUACUGCCAUCCUGCCUUUGGACUGACUAUCUUUUGGCUUUUUAUAUUAAUCCUUGGAGCAAGACAGCUUUAAAGAAACGGAAGCUAACAAGUCCCGUGCAGCUGGAUGACUUUGACGCCUUCUUCAAAGAAAUGAGCAAAGACUCGGCCUACAAGUUCUCUCUGCAGUUUGAGGAGCUGAAGAGUGUCGGCCUGGAUCUUUCCCACGAUGCAGCAGACAUGCCCGUCAACAGGCCAAAGAACAGAUACACAAACAUCCUCCCCUACGACUUCAGUCGGGUGAAGCUGAUCUCGAUGCACAACGACGAAGGUUCAGACUACAUCAACGCCAACUACAUACCUGGCUACAAACACAGUAAAGAGUACAUCGCCACUCAGGGUCCACUGCCUGAAACUCGCAACGAUUUCUGGAAGAUGGUUCUGCAGCAGAAAUCUCCGAUCAUCGUCAUGCUGACUCAGUGUAACGAGCGACGGAGGGUGAAGUGUGAUCACUACUGGCCGUUCACAGAUGAGCCUGUGAUGUACGGAGAGAUCAGUGUGGAGAUGCUCUCUGAAACCGAGUCUCCAGAGUGGACCAUCAGGAAGUUCAGACUGGGAUACGCUGAUGAGAGUCAGGACGUGCUCCACCUGAACUACACCUCAUGGCCGGAUCAUGGCGUCCCCACGGUCAACGCCAUCGAAAGCAUCCUGCAGUUCGUCCACAUUGUCCGUCAGCAGGCCAACAGGACCAAAGACCCCAUCAUCGUGCACUGCAGUGCUGGAGUCGGCCGGACGGGGACGUUCAUCGCUCUGGACCGUCUGAUGCAGCACAUCAGAGAACACGAGUUUGCAGAUAUCCUGGGGAUGGUGUCCGAGAUGCGAUCACACCGUCUGUCUAUGGUCCAGACUGAGGAGCAGUACGUGUUCAUCCAUCAGUGCGUCCUGUUGAUGUGGCAGAAGAAGAAGCAGCAGUCCAUCACAUCUGAUGUCAUCUAUGAGAACGCUAGCAAGACAUAAUGAUGGAGGCUCCUCCAGACGCUGCGAACACACCCAGCCUCCUGUGCUUCAGGCAUCCAUUCUCUGCAGAAGAAGAUCCGCGUCAUCAUCAGUGUCAAAAAACAAAACAGCGGAACAUCUUGACAAAAAAAAUAGAAUCCAGUUUUUUGUUUGAAUUGAUGUUAAAGCAUGGGAUGGAGUUUUGCCUUAAGGAGCCUUCACUGACUGACCAACAUGUUGAACCGCAACCCUGCCCUCUGAACUGGACUGACUCACGUCAACGUGGGGUGGGAGAAGUCGGAGGUUAACGCGCUCCGACCUGUGAUUGGAUGUCUACACUGUGUCCGUCCUCAUUGAGGCGACGUGUUGGUGUAACUGAGUCAGCAGUUUUUCAUUUUAUUUCUUUUUUAAUCUCAGGAGUAGCUGAAAAACCAGCAAGCACACUGGCCUCUUCCUCCACUUCGAAAGUAAUUUAUCAUCGGUUAGUUUUAGUUUUUUGCAUCAUUGAUAGUGUUCACCGUCCUGCAGAGUGCAGCUUUCCUGGCUUUUUGCAACGUCAGAGUCGAAGGCGGUAGAUUUCAACGUUACUCACUGCCAAACAAACCAAACAUGGGACUGUAACAUGUUGAUUGAUAAAAACAUCAACUGCUCUAACAUGCUAACCAACUGCCAGGACUGCUGCACAGAUUAUACUCACUGAGAGAACCCAGCAAGCAUUCGACUAAGAGUAAAGGUCUGGAAAAUGAGCACAACAUUUUGUCAUGUUGAAGUAGAUUUUUAAUUGAGUUUUUUAAAUUAAACACUAAACAUGGAUUGUGCUUGGAGGAGCCUUCCAAACGUAAUGGUGUAUCUGUCCUGGUCAAAAUUGUCAAACAUUGGUAAAAAUUAUUUGUCGUCGUUGGACAUCUGUGAAAAAUUAGGAACAUUUUUGCUGCAGUUUGAACAAGCUGAACGUUCCAGACUUCAGAAAUGGUUUUAUCAGAAAAGUAUUUGGUACCGAUUUCUAGAAAUGCUACUCGAAUGCCUCCGAACUUUUUAUCCCGUCCGUUGGAUCGACCACUAAACGUCUGAAUGUUUGCUGGGUCUGCACAAGAACUAAAGGGCACAAACAGUUGAAGGGAACGAACGCCUUUCUGUGGAAACACGAGCGCCUCAUGCUGCUGUCCCGUCGCUGUCGGGCGUGUUGGAGGCCAGUUUAGAGACUGUGGUUGUAGAGCUGUAGUUUGUAUUUGCACUGAGGCCUCGGAGCUGCCUGACCUGCUGACAGAAGAAGGGAAGACUUUCUGCUGCUGCUUCCUGCUGUGGAGGACUAACUGCAGCCGUGCCGCUCGAUAUUCGUCCCGUCCUGUGGGCUCUUCUAACAGAGGAUCUCGAUCUGAAGACAUAGAAUUAACUUUAGACUACUGGAGAUGUUUUUAACCCUCUGAGGAUCAUGAUCUCAUCGGCUGCAACAAUCCUGUUUGGAAACAAACAAAUGGAUCAUAUCAGAGUGAGAUAGAAGACAGAAGAGAGACAUUACUCAGUCGAACUGCCAAAACUACUACAAAGUUUUAUCAAGACCUGAUGUUGAGUUUUCCUUUCUGUUGAUGAAUUUUGGAAAUGACAGAAACAUAUCUUUGGGUCGGCCCGAGCCUUUCUGAGCCUCCUGGCACAAUUUGAAUAUCUUUAAUCCAUCAGAUUACCAACUUAAAAAAGUGCAACUGUUCUCUAGAACUCAUGACAAUAAAACUAAAUAUUGACCCAAAACAUAUCUGUCGUUCUAGAAAGCGCAAAUAUAAAACAUACAAAAAAUGUUACAUUCCCUGCUUUUGUUGUCAUCUGUUGCCCCAAACUUUGGAAUAGUGCCCCAAAUACUAAACUUUGAUAUUGCAUUAUUUUGAUUCUUCUAUUAAUCCUCAAAUGUUGGGUUCCUUAACAGUGUUUUUUGUUAUCUUAUUAUUUGGCACAGAGCCCUGAAAAGUUUCAGGUUAUAAAACAUUCCAAACAUUUUUUUUUUCCUCAAUUCCAAAAUUUUGUAAAGAACCACAACUUUAUAACAUAUUGUACUGUGCCCCCUAGUGGCCACAAAUACCCUAACGUGAGUGCUCACAGUAAAAUGGUAAGAGUCCCAAAAUUUAGCAAAGUGCAACAAAAAGGUUUAAGCGUCAGACUGGGUUCUGCAAAAAUUUGUUUUAAUAUGCUUAAUUAUAUAUGACCAAAUAUUGUUUAUUGUCACAUUUGGUAUGGCAUUUACAAUUUAAAAAUUGGUAUAAUGUCCCAAAAUAUUGUGUAGCACCCCCAAAAUUUGUUACGGUUACAAAAUGUUUCACCUAAAGUUACUAAUGCCAGAUUUGGUAUUGCAAAAUUGUGUUUUAAUGGCAAAAUUAGAUAUGACCAAAUUUUGUUUACAACAGACACAUUUGGUAUUGCAUUUUCAAUUUGUUUUAAUUUUUUAAAAUUUGGUAUAAUGUCCCAAAAUAUUGUGUAGCGCCCCUAAAAUUUGCUAUAAUGUCCCAAAAUAUUGUGUAGCGCCCCUAAAAUUUGCUAUGGUUACAAAAUGUUAUUCAGCACCACCAAAAGUUAUUAAUGCCAGAUUCCCAGUAUUUGGUGCACUCCCAUUUGUGUUUGGGGAUAAUACCACAACUAGAUGCUAGAGAGGAUUCUCUGGAAUUUAAAAAUCUUUCGGAUCUUGUAACAAAAUCAGUGAGCUUUGAAAUAAAUUUUAGAAAAGUAGUUCUGAUGUUGAAAACGAACAGUUAAGCUUCAUGUUUCGGUUGUUUUGGGGCCUGAAUCUCGGCUCAGUUCAAUCUUGGCUCGGGCCGACUGAAUAUCUCCGUCUUAACACAUGAAUACUGUACAGAAAAUUGUUAUCAAGCCAUUUUCUGACGCAUCAGUCUGUUAUCAGAUCAACUUAUUUACAAUUAUUUAGUCAUUUUCCAUGUUUCUAUCGAUCACUUGAAUUGAAGGGCAAAAGAAACUCCACAUUUCUCACUUCCUUGAUGACUGUAGAGAAUGUCUACUGAACAGAUGAGAGUGGUCGACCUCAUUCAACCCAAAGUUUUACACUCCAUUCAGGAUGUACAGGGUGUUGUCAAAAUACGAGCGGAGAGUUGAGUGGCUUUUCUUUUUGGGUCUCCACAGAGGAGAUAGUGAUGAUGGUCCAAUACGAGAUUACAUCUGAUUUUAUAACAUUUACUGUCAACAAUCCUCUUCCAAUCAAAAUCACUUCAGUGGUCUGUUUCAAUUUACAGUGCUGUCAAUGGGAGGAAACAGUGCCAGUAAAAUUACCAAUUUACAUCAAAAAAACUUUCCUCACAACUUCUCAAGAAAAACUUUUAGCCAAUUAAAGGUUUCUUAAUAGAUUUUUUUUGUGCGUUGUGCAAAUGUUAAUUGGGGGUGGGAAUCACCAGAGGAUCCACGAUAUAUUAUCGUGAUACUUAAGUCACGAUACAAUAUUAUUGCGAUU